AUGGGACAGCUGCCAUCUGACGAUGAUGUCGUCAUGAAGGACUCUGACGACGAGUCAAUAGCGUCGACUAUCAUGACUGAACAUGAUUCUGACGAGGAAUUCAACGUCUCUGGGGUCAUAGCCGCAUGGGAAGUUGAAGGGAGCUUACGGUAUUUAAUCAAGUGGGAGGGCUAUGAUUUGUCCGAAGCCACCUGGGAACCCCGAGAGAAUUUGAAUGAUGUUAUUAUUGAAGAAUGGGAGGAAACAAAGGGACAACCAGGUUUUGAUCUUUACCAAGGAAUCCGAGAUUGGAAGAAAGCCUGGAAGGCUGCUUACAACCAAAAGCUCAAGCGCCACAAUGAGAGAAACCGACAGCGAGCGCUUCGAGGAGAGAAGCCCCAUUCAUUCCAGUACAUGAAUGGGUCGUUGGAAUGGGUGGAUGGAUUUCCAGAUGGAGAUGACUUCAGUGCAUCUGCGGUAUCGAGCCCAUCCGUCGCAGACGGCGAUUUGGAUGCUGUAGUGGGACAGCCUCUUCGACCCUUGCAUGAAAAAAGAAAGCUCACAGGCGCCAGCCCAAGCGACGAUCGCUCGCCUAGUAACAGCCGUCGUAACAGUACAUCAUCUGCUUCCAAGUUAUCGCUUGUACGGACGGAUUACGCCGUUUCUUCGACCAGUCACAGUCCCACGCAAGUGACACGGGAACGUUUAAACAAUGGCUCUACAGCAAACAAAACCACAAACAAAAAACCAGCGCCCAAGAGCAACAUACUUUCGAAACCCAGCCGCUCUAUAUUGACGAAACGUACCGACACAGGAACAGGCCGGGCGCAACUGACAGCUCGGAAGACUCAACCUGCGCAAGCCUUUACUGGCAAUGUAUUUGCAGGAGGGAGGGAAAGAAAACGGCGCGCCACUCUUGGCGAAGUCGUAAAAGACCCUACGAAAACACCCAAACUGUUCAACGGCCUACGGCUUACGGGAAUUGUCGAAAAGCAAGGCCGCAAUCGAGACGGCGCUGCCCCAUCAAAGAUGCCCUCCAAUCUCAUUUCUUUAAAUCCAGCAGAGCGGAAUGGACAGGCACUGAACAUCCCAAAUCCUGGAGCUGGUAUAAAUGCCAGUCCGAAAGGCGGUACCGUCGAACGUGUUCGCCACAAUGACGAUUCAUCUAAAGCCGAAGGCCAGAAGUCACAGACGACCAAGCCUAAGAGGUCAGUCAGAUGGGGCAAUGUCGAAACUUUCCAAGAACCGAACGAGUUUGUCAGGGAGCAUAGCCUCUUUGUGCGUGAGGAUACUGCCCCUCAGGAGGUUCCGUGGGUCGUGAAGGAAGAAUAUCCUAUUGAUGCGCCGCCUGCCAAAGACCCUUCUCCAAACCCCCCCAUCCAGCCAAAGGUCUCCAAUGUUCAACCAAACACACCAAACGAUCGGUUUCGUGGGAACGAUUAUGUAUCGAUUGAUCUACGAGAUGCGAGUCCUUCGAAUAGAACAAUCGCCAUAGAUGUCCAAUUCGGCCCAGGCACCCGCGAGAUAAUACCAGUGAGCUUUCAGAGACGUGAGCCUCGGAACGAACUACCUUGGCCUGCGAUAUUUGAGAAUAUGCCCACGUUGGUAUUUACACACACUUGCAUGGUUCAGGACUUUCUGUCCCAGGAGCACGUUCUGGUCGCCGAUAAGUUGGGUAAUGGUCUGAUGGUAAGUAAAGAUGGCGAAAAUGGCCUGGGUGCUGUUGCGAAUUGGCUUCGGAUUAGAUCACUAGGUGCUCUCCUUUAUCGACAUGAUUUAUGCAUAAUUGUGCAUAUGCAGCCGCAAGCGCAAGCCAAGGCGGCAACAGUUGUUGAGUCUCCUUCAAUGCGGUAUUAUCUAUUUCGGCCAGCUCCUCACUUUACCACCCGCUCGCUUGCUCCAAUCGCACUCCCAGAAGGUCUCAAUACUGGAAAGCUACUGCCGAAAACGGCAUUGACGGUCUUCGAUCGCAUACUGGGGUUUAAGUAUGAGCAGCUAUUGACAGAGGAGACUCUUGCGAAACCCUUUAACAAGCACACAUUCUUUCUUGCGUUUCCAGGGGAUACUGCAGAAGACGCCAAGUUUCUGUGCAUAUGGCUUCGGAACUGCAACCCUAAGUGCAGAAUCCUUUCUAGCUUCUUCCCUGGACAUUGGCAGACCUUUCUGCGGCUAGAGCAUGGAACGGUCCUCAUCCACGAGGAAGCGAUAUGGUCCAUUCGAUUAUUCCCCUACGUCAACAAGUUGCUCUACCCGACAAGCAAGUUCAAUUUCGUACUCUUUUCCAAAUCCCUGCAGCCUUCACCCAUGUAUCCCUCACUCGCGCAGCCAUGUAGAGUUGGGAAUGUGACAUUGCAGCCUCUCGGCGGACAGAGAAGGGCCGCACUGCUGGUCACACCUAGCUUUGUCGUGUCACAGCCACAGCAGAUUUGGAGUUUCUUUAAGUGGUAUUAUAAGGCUUGGUCCAACGCUCGCAGUCACUUUACGCUCGUCGUUAGCGCUGGCUUUGAUAGCUGGCUUCACGAGGUAGCCGCUGACAAGGAGAACCUCUGGUCGCGUUUGACUACCAAAACCGCUCGGGAUGACCAAAAACCCAGGGUUACUCGAGAGCUUGAAUCGUUGCAAAAGUCGAAAGAAGCCGUUCGAAAACUUCAAGACCUGGCAAGUGAAGAGCAGCCCGGAAUCAUUAUGUGUCCAGAAACGAUCGACAGCAAUGACGAGCAGAGUCUGGUCAAUUGGUUCGGUUGGUGGUCUGUAAUGAAUUUGGAUCGAUAUCGGAGGUUCACCGUUAUUGGAUCCAGCACAACGCAUUCCAGGAGACUCAUGCACUGCACCACCAGACCUGAUUUCAUUGCGUCAACCGUUACUGAGCACCAAGAACUCGAGCGAGCUGAGGCACCCCCAAUGCUCCUGCCGUCAAAACAGGUUGCUGAACGAGAAGCGCAAAGGAGAUUCAAGAUGAUUCCUGACGACACCAGUGCGUGCUUUGAAGACUUUUUGAAAGACGUAUCUGAUGGACAACCGACAUACUUUUGGACACUUUACAACUACCCUCUUGCUUACUUUGACGAAAGGGCACCUGAAUACAGCGCGCAUUCCGACGGCUUUAGAACGUACAGCGAUUGGCUUCGAUCGUUCAAAGAUCAGUUAGCACGCCGUCUUAAGAAGACAUCUGUUGCAUUAUGUUAUACGGCAGAGGGAAAAUCGAGUCAUGAUGGAGCACUGGAAGAUGUCAGAAAAAAGCGACGACCGUGGUUUGUUAUAUACAGGCCUUUCCAGCUUCACAUGUCACAUUGGAAGGAAGCUGAGCUCAUCAUCUGGGACCCUCUCGCGAAGAAACCCCCCCGAGACCAUCCGAAUUUUUACGAGGGAGAUUUGAUUGAACCACAGCGGAUAAUGAUACAACGACUUCGUGGAGAGCGCGACAUGUUGCCGCUCAAAAACAUCUGGAUUGGAGGGUGGGAUACUGACAGGCCACCCUCGAUUGACCCCCUUGACAUGACACUCCAACAUUUGGAGGAUUUAUUGUUGGAUUGGAAGAAUAAUGUUCCCAUACCCGUACCAGCCAUGGAGAAUAAGGGGUGGCAAUGGGUGACUAGAGGACAUGCGCCUUUUCAGUCGCGACCACGGCGUCGUUCUGGUUCCUUCUCUCCGGAACCAAUGGAUCUCGAUUCUGCAUCAGAAGUCAGUGACACGGCGGAUGAAGAGCCAAAAAUGGUUUUUCAUCCUCCUCGAGCGAUGCAUCCAGGCAGGAAGAUACUCCAAAACAGGUUCCUCCAGCAUUGCAGACGUGAAAAGGAGCGUCAGGCCCCGAAGGACUCCAUGAUAUACCGGUUUGAACCAACGAUGGAAUGGUACAAGCGUCAAGCUCAAGAAGGAAGUGGGUUUGAGCACAUCAAUUUCAUGUCAUGGGAGGAUGUUUUUGCGAAGUACAAGAUCGAGGACCCUAAGAAGGUUCAAGAUGAUAAGGUUCAGGGCCAAAAGGUUCGGGAUGAUGUGAGGCGUGAUGGCUAG